AUGGUUGGGAGAUAUUCUGAUUACUACCAUAACCUUAAUCAAGGUCGGGAUCAAUCUCUUGGAAGGAGAAAAGUUCGCGACGUGAAAAUCGACUGUCGCUAUCUCUCAUCAUCGAGAUGGGGCCUGUUCGAGGAUAAACCGGCAUGGAUCCUGUUGGGGGAGCUCCAAAUUGGGCAACCCAGCGACGUCAAACUCAAACAGGCGAACCUACAACUUCGGUUCAAAGGCACUACAAAGCAAAACACCUCCUGCCUUGAUGUCACUAAUAAUUAUGGGCCCGUAAUUGGGUUCGGUAAACCUAUAAGCAAGGACGUUCAAAAAAGGGCUACAGCAGCGCCGGAGGUUGGGGUCAACGGUGUUUCGGUCAAUCCUGGCGAGCUCGAGAGGGCAACCAGCCAGACUGAUGUGUACCGAUGGCAACUUCAUGGCGAACGAAUCGCAGACGAUGAGGACGGACUUUAUAGAGGCAUUGAGUGGACAAUAGAGGAAGCCAAAUUCGCAAAACAGAUUAACCACAGAGCAAUCUGGAAUUUGGGGCUUACCCUCAAGCAUGGCUGUGAGCCAUUUCUCAUCUACGCGGGUAUCUAUAUCCAGCUGCGGGGCAUGCAAAAUAUUUUCUCCUCCAAGACCAACGACGACCUUGAGCCAACCCUUGUUACACCACCCCGCAAGUUCCCAAAAGACCGGUUGGAUGAUAUUGUUCUCGCUUUGAAUGAUGAGUUAACGAUAGAGAAUCUCAGGCGUCCACCGGAGGAGUCGGACGAUCCUGUACUCCAUCAACGAGUUCCCCUAGGAGAACAUCGAGACCAGCUAGCUGAGGCGAUCGAAAUGUUGAUCAUUGUACUUGCAAAUGUACAGAUCGCUGAAGCUAGUGAUUGGGAGGAAUGA